GAGAUGGGGGGAGCCUUCUUCAUACUACACAAACUCCGCUAGCUCCACUAAAACAGAGGAGAGGAAGCUUCACUUUGCAGGCUUUACUGCUCUUCACUUUUCCAUAAAAACUUGAAUCAUCAUGAGCGAGGAGCUCGACAAACCGUUGCUGGAUCCCGAGAAUUUCAACCGGGAGGGGAUCGAUUUGGAACGCUUACCGCUAGAGGAAGUUUUCGAGCAACUGAGAACAUCCCGUGCAGGACUUACAUCGGAAGAUGCUGAAGUUCGAGUCCAUAUUUUUGGUCAAAACAAGCUCGAGGAGAAGCCCCUUUUUAUUAUAAUCCAGGAAAACAAGUUUUUGAAGUUUCUAAGCUUUAUGUGGAACCCAUUAUCAUGGGUUAUGGAAGCUGCAGCAGUGAUGGCCAUUGUCCUUGCCAAUGGUGGAGGUGAGGGUCCUGACUGGCAGGACUUUGUAGGGAUUAUAUGCCUUCUGAUUAUCAAUUCAACAAUCAGUUUCAUUGAGGAAAACAAUGCUGGAAAUGCUGCAGCCGCACUCAUGGCUCGUCUGGCUCCUAAAACAAAGGUUCUCAGAGAUGGUCAGUGGCAAGAAAGAGAUGCUGCUAUUUUAGUACCAGGAGAUAUAAUUAGCAUAAAACUUGGAGAUAUCAUCCCUGCGGAUGCUCGCCUUCUUGAAGGCGAUCCACUUAAAAUUGAUCAGGCAACUCUUACGGGUGAAUCCCUUCCGGUCACCAAGAGAACAGGAGAUGAAGUGUUUUCUGGUUCAACAUGUAAGCAUGGUGAGAUUGAGGCUGUGGUUAUAGCUACUGGAGUUCACUCUUUCUUCGGAAAAGCGGCACACUUAGUUGACUCCACUGAAGUUGUUGGACACUUUCAGCAGGUCCUUACUUCCAUCGGGAAUUUCUGCAUCUGCUCCAUUGCGGUGGGGAUGGUUCUUGAAAUUAUCGUCAUGUUCCCGAUACAGCAUCGUUCAUACAGAGAUGGAAUUAACAACCUUUUAGUUCUCUUGAUUGGAGGAAUUCCUAUAGCUAUGCCAACUGUAUUAUCUGUUACUCUUGCCAUUGGUUCUCAUCGACUGUCUCAACAGGGUGCCAUUACUAAAAGGAUGACUGCAAUUGAAGAAAUGGCUGGAAUGGAUGUUCUAUGCAGUGACAAAACUGGAACUCUGACCUUGAAUCGUCUAACCGUUGAUCGGAACCUUGUUGAGGUUUUUAGCAAAAAUAUGGACAAAGACUUGAUUGUUCUGCUAGCAGCAAGAGCCUCCAGACUCGAAAAUCAGGAUGCUAUUGAUGCAGCUAUCAUUAACAUGCUUGCAGACCCGAAGGAGGCUCGUGCAAACAUCAAAGAGGUUCACUUUCUUCCAUUCAACCCAGUCGACAAACGUACCGCAAUUACGUACAUUGACUCUGAUGGUAAUUGGUACCGUGCUAGCAAAGGAGCUCCCGAACAGAUACUAAAUCUUUGCUUAGAGAAAGAUUUGAUUGCUGGAAGAGUGCAUGCUAUAAUCGACAAAUUUGCUGAGAGGGGCUUGCGGUCUCUUGGAGUUGCUUUUCAGGAAAUUCCAGAAAGAACCAAGGAGAGCCCUGGAGGUCCCUGGACAUUUUGUGGGCUGUUGCCUUUAUUUGAUCCUCCAAGACAUGAUAGUGCCGAGACCAUCCGUAGGGCCUUAAACCUUGGAGUUGAUGUAAAGAUGAUUACAGGUGACCAGUUGGCCAUCGCGAAGGAGACAGGAAGAAGACUUGGUAUGGGGACAAACAUGUAUCCUUCUUCAUCAUUGUUGGGUCGCGAAAAGGAUGAGAAUGAAGCUCUUCCAGUGGAUGAACUCAUUGAGAAGGCAGAUGGCUUUGCUGGCGUAUUCCCUGAACACAAGUAUGAAAUCGUAAAGAUUUUACAAGAAAAGAAGCAUGUCGUGGGAAUGACCGGAGAUGGGGUGAACGAUGCACCUGCUUUGAAGAAAGCAGACAUUGGAAUAGCAGUGGCAGAUGCUACAGAUGCUGCAAGGAGUGCUGCAGAUAUAGUCUUGACUGAGCCUGGCUUAAGUGUGAUAAUCAGUGCUGUUUUGACAAGCAGAGCUAUAUUCCAAAGGAUGAAAAACUAUACGAUAUAUGCUGUUUCCAUAACCAUUCGUAUUGUCCUUGGUUUUGUGCUUCUAGCUCUGAUAUGGGAAUAUGAUUUCCCACCUUUCAUGGUUUUGAUAAUUGCAAUCCUUAAUGACGGAACUAUAAUGACCAUUUCCAAGGACCGAGUCAGGCCAUCUCCGACCCCAGACAGCUGGAAACUUAAUGAGAUAUUUGCAACCGGCGUUGUCAUUGGAACCUAUCUUGCUUUGGUUACUGUCCUGUUUUACUGGAUUGUAAUUGAUACUGAUUUCUUUGAGACUCACUUCAACGUAAGGUCUAUAUCCGACGACACCGAGCAAAUUUCAUCUGCAGUAUAUUUGCAAGUCAGCAUCAUUAGUCAGGCUCUCAUCUUUGUUACUCGGAGUCGAAGUUGGUCAUUCGUUGAAAGGCCUGGUGUUCUCUUGAUGUGUGCAUUCGUGGUCGCUCAACUGGUGGCUACCUUAAUUGCGGUAUAUGCACAUAUUAGCUUUGCUGAUAUCAGUGGCAUUGGAUGGGGAUGGGCUGGUGUUAUAUGGUUAUACAGUUUAGUUUUCUAUGUUCCCCUAGAUAUCAUCAAGUUCACAGUUCGAUACGCAUUGAGUGGAGAAGCCUGGAACCUCCUAUUCGACAGAAAGACUGCGUUUACUUCAAAGAAAGACUACGGGAAAGAUGACCGGGCAGCCCAAUGGAUUCUUUCUCAGAGGAGCCUACAGGGCUUGAUGGCUGCAGACUUGGAUUUCAAUGGAAGAAGAUCGAGAUCUUCUUUGAUAGCCGAUCAGGCUAGGAGGCGUGCUGAAAUAGCCAGACUUGGAGAGCUACACACUUUAAGAGGUCAUGUAGAAUCAGUUAUGAGGCUAAAGAAUUUGGACCUAAACGCGAUCAAAUCGGCUCAUACGGUCUAAAAAACAAACGUGAAUAUCAUAUUUGUCGGUAUUCUGGUGUGAAGAUAAAUCCGGCAGUGGUUGCUCACAUAAGUAUUGCUACAUAAACCCUGAAAAGACAUCCAUCAUUUGUUGUCCAAGAGUCACUAAAAGUGGAAUCAAAGGAUAUCCAACAGGUCAUCUUUAAGUGAACAACUCCUGCCAUAUCUCAUAGUAUGUAUUGCUAUUUUUUUUUCUACACAGAAGAGGACUGUCUGUCUUGAGAUUUCAAUAUUCUUCUUUUCAUUUGCAUAAAUUUUUGUAAUAAUUGGUCAAAUCCCAACAUAAUAAACUACUUGGCACAGUUGAUUUUUUUCUUUCUUUGACAA